AUGAGAUCUACGUUACUUUCUCUUAGUCUUCUUUCCCUCCUCGGCCUGUCGGCUGGGCAGCCGAGACAUCAACAUCAACAUCUCCACCGGCAUAGGGCAAAUAGAGCCCCUAUUGCGAAGAGGGAUAAAGUCACCGUUACUGAUUCCAAAUACAGUACGACUACCGAAGUCCCCGAGGUCGUGGUUUAUGUGGAUCAGAAUAAUAAUCCAAUCCGCACCACUACCGAGACGGUUGUUUAUGUCCCCGCGACGGUAGAGAUUUAUGAAGCAUCGACUCCCACAACCGAGAUUUCUCCUCUGUCAACUAAGGCUGCGCCAGUGGUGGAAUCUGAAUCGUCUUCAUAUCAAACAGCUUCUCCCACUACCCAGCAGGCUUCGUCUUCUCAGCUUGUUUCAUCCGCCGAUUCGUACCCAACCAGUUCAAAAUCGGCGUCCUCUUCGGCAGCUUCUCCGUCUUCGAGCAGCGGCGCUCUUCACGGAGUUUCUUACUCUCCUUACAAAGGCAACGGAGAAUGCAAGACAGCGGACGAGGUUGAUGCGGACUUUGCGCUGAUAGCCAACGACUACGGCGUUAUGCGCUUGUAUGGCGUUGAUUGCGAUCAGGUGGCAACGGCAUAUGCAGCUGCUAAGAAGUAUGGAAAUAAGUUAUUCUUAGGCAUUUACGACAUCACCGCGGUCGAAGAUGCCGUAUCUACCAUAGCUGCCGGCGUUCAGAACGACUGGGAUAUCGUCGACACCGUCUCGGUAGGUAACGAACUAGUCAACGACGGUGCCGCAACUGUGGACCAGUCUAUCAGCGCAAUGAACCAAACGCGUUCCCUGUUGAGAAGCGCUGGGUACGAAGGACCUGUCGUCGUUGUGGAUACGGCGGUCGCUAUUCUCGCCCAUCCCGAGCUCUGCGACGAGUCUGACUACUGCGCCAUCAACUGCCAUCCCUUCUUCGACGCCAACACGGGUCCCGACGCAGCAGGCUCGUUUGUUACUUCCACCGUUAGUAGCAUUCGUAGCAAGCUAUCCGAUUCGAGCAAACGUAUCGUGGUGACGGAGACGGGUUGGCCUUGGCAGGGAGAAUCGAACGGCGAGGCUGUUCCGGGCUUGGAUCAGCAGUCGACGGCGCUCUCAUCCAUCAAGACGGCCUUCGCUUCCAACGCAAGCAACGUUAUUCUCUUCACCGCGUUCAACGACAUGUGGAAGAAGGCGGAGGCGGCGACGUUCAUGGCCGAGCAGUACUGGGGAAUGGGAGGACAGUAUUCGCCUAGCGACGAGUAG